AUGCCGACGAGAAUGAAAGACCUAUACGAAGACAAUCUUCCAGGACAUCUGAUUAGAGAAAUUUUGCUGAGGCUACCAGUGAGGCUUCUUCUGCAACUGAGGAUUGUAUGCCGUUCAUGGAACUCCCUAAUCUUCAGCCCCGAAUUCGCCAUGCACCACCUUCAAUGCUCAACCCUAACUCAUCCGCCGCCAUUGCUAUGUUGGAAGGAAGCCAGACAGAGGGGCGACAUCAUGCAUUGCUCUUCACAAUCUCUUAUUCCUGAUCGCCAGCAUCAGCCACCUACAUUCGAGUCAUAUCCGGCUGACGGAUUAUUCAUCGAUGGAUCUUGCAACGGAUUGCUCUGCUUGUCUCGAGGCUUUCCCUUUGAAACUCUUACUCUUUUCAACCCCUGUACCCGUUCGUACAAGUUUGUUAUGGGUUGUUCUGUCUCGUCUCUUAUAACUGAUUCCAAAGUCAGAUCUGGGGCUAUAGUUUUUACUUUUGGUGCAAAUCCUUUUUGGAAAACGGUUGAUCAUCCGGUGUUUCCGUAUGAUUUUCUCGGCAUAAGAAACGGAAUAUUUGUGAGCGGCACUCUGAAUUGGAUUGUGUAUAAUCCUACUAUAGAUUAUGAUGAAUUGGAGUGGUUCGUUCUUACCUUCGACUUGGAAACGGAGUUGUUUGGUCGAUUGUGUCUGCCUUUUGCUAGAACGCGCUCUGACGUCAUCCACAUGCCUCGCUUGCAACUCCACGAAAACUGUCUUUCUGUUUGUUAUAGCACUCCGGAUAUGCAAAUUAUUUGCACUCUUUGGAUAAUGAAGGAGUAUGGAGUUGAAGAGUCUUGGAUUAAAUUGAUCGAAAUCCCAUUCGGUGUUGGAAUGAACGCGCCAUGUGAUUGGGUAGCACCCCUGUUGUAUAUCUCACAAGAUCAUAAUCUUUUUGCAAUAGAUGAAUCUUAUCGCAAAUUUCUUGUAUAUAAUUUAAGUCAAAACCAACUAGUUUCUCAGGUGGCUCACGGCGGGUAUAAUUGUAUGAUUAUAUUCUUUUGCCAUGAGAGCUUGGUCUCACCGUCACAUUAUUCACCUCCACUCACCUUCAACUCAUCCGUUGCUUGA